AAAAAAGAUAAACUCUAUAAGCAGUUCAUUAAUUCUAGGGACUCAACUACUGAGUUAAAAUACAAACGCUAUCGGAACAAACUGAAUCAUCUUAUAAAAAUUGCUAAACGAAAGUACUAUGAUACAAAAUUUGAGAAGGCUAAAAAUAACCUGAAAGAAACUUGGAAACUAAUCAAUGAUGUAAUCAACAAACCGAGCAGAAAAGCAGCUCUGCCAAAUUCCUUUUUCUCUGAUGGAAAACUGUUAAAUGAUCCACAAGAAAUAGCUAACUGCUUUUGUAAGUUCUUCACCAACAUAGGUCCGAAUUUAGCAAGGAAAAUUCCAGACACACAAGUAUCUUUUCGUAGUUUUCUUGGCGCUUCUGUUAAUGAGUCGCUUAUCUUAAAUCCAACUAAUAUUUCGGAACUAAAUCAAAUAUGCAACUCUUUUAAAUCUGGAAAGUCGCCUGGAUAUGAUAACGUUUCAAUGGAUAUAAUAAAAAGCACCUUUGAUCUCAUUUCUCAGCCUUUGGCCAAUGUAAUCAAUUUGUCUCUUAUUAAAGGAGUAUUUCCUGAUGAACUGAAAAUUGCUAAACUGAUUCCGGUAUUUAAAGCUGGUGAUUCCCAGUAUUUCACUAACUACCGUCCAAUUUCGCUUCUUUCUAAUUUUUCUAAAUUCUUUGAAAGAGUUAUGCACAAUCGUAUUACAAAUUUUUUAGAUCGUUUAGAUAUCUUAUACUGUUGCCAAUUUGGAUUUCGUAAAAAAUAUUCUACAGCGCUGUCUUUAAUUCAUCUUAUUAAUAAAAUUGCAACUGCUAUUGACAGAAGCGAAUAUACAGUUGGCAUAUUCUUAGACUUAUCAAAAGCAUUUGAUACUUUAGACCAUCAAAUACUCUUGUCUAAGCUUGAGCAUUAUGGGAUUCAUGGGCUAGCACUUAGCUGGUUGAAAAGCUAUUUGUCAAAUCGCGUGCAGUUCGUCCAGUACAAAGAGACUUGUUCUAUUAGGCUGACUCUGAGCUGUGGAGUCCCUCAAGGUUCUAUAUUAGGACCAUUAUUGUUUGUUUUGUAUAUCAAUGACCUCCCUUGUGCUACUCGUCUUGCUGAAACUAUGCUUUUGCAGAUGAUACUAGUGUGUUUUAUUCUAAUCCCGAUUUAAAUUGUGCUAUUUCUGCCGUAAAUAAUGAUUUAUCUCAAAUUGAUCUUUUUAUGAAAGCAAAUAAGCUCUCUGUUAACAUAACGAAAACUAAUUAUAUCAUUUUUGCAGCAAGGCAAAAACCAGUCGGCUUCCCAAUAAAUCCUGUCUUGUACGAUGAGGUUUUAUUAAAACAAGUAAAGGUAGUUAAAUUUUUAGGGGUUUUUAUCGACGAGCAUCUAACGUGGAAGCCGCAUAUUACUUAUAUAUGUAAGAAAAUUUCAAAAUCUAUUGGCGUCAUGUUUAGGUCUCGUUUCUUUCUUUCUGAAACAACAAAAAAAGUCUCUUUAUUAUACCUUAAUUUAUCCUUAUUUAACAUAUUGUACCACAGUUUGGUCCUCCACUUAUGUAACAAACCUUAAUAGAAUUUUUCUUCUACAAAAGCGAGCAGUACGAAUUAUUACAAAUGCAGAUUUUCGCGCGCACUCUGAACCAUUAUUUUUCCGUUUAAAGAUUUUGGACAUAUACAACAUUAAUUCAUUCUAUACUGCACAAUUUAUGUUUUCAUAUUAUCAUCAAUUACUGCCACCGCUUUUUUCGAACCUUUUUGUUACUAGUAGCAAUAUUCAUAAUUAUAAUACUAGAAGUUCCUCGCAUUUCCGUUCUCAUGCCUGCCGAACUAACACCAAACAAUUUUCUAUUUUGUUCCAAGGCCCUAAAAUUUGGAAUUCUUUACCAAACUCAGUCACUUCGAUUUUUACAUUGCAAUCGUUUAAAACGAAAGUUUUUGAUUUUCUACUAUAUCGAUAA